ACGGCCUGUGGCGUCUUGCAGCUCCAAGCGAGCUCCAACAUGUUGCUCCGAAUCAACAUUCCCCCUGCUACGCGAAUCUGUCUCGUCAGCCUUCUCACCCUCUCCCUACUCUACAACAUUGCCAGAUGGCGACAAAUUGACACCACCGGUGGAACCCCGACCACAUCGCCUCUCGUCCCCUACUUGACCCUCGUCCCCUCAUUCUUCUACUACUACCCUUGGACAAUCGUCACGGCCACCUUCGUCGAACAGAAUAUAUUUACCGUACUGUUAAACGCCGCCUCCAUAUUCUAUGGCGGCAAGUACCUCGAGCGCGCGUGGGGUUCGCGCGAGUUUAGCAAGUUCAUCGCGGUCGUCGCCGUGAUCCCCUGCAUCACCAUCAUCCCAAUCUACCUGAUCUGGGGAGCAGUCGGAGGCUCCUCAAGCAGAGCCCUCACCCAAAUCUGCGGCGGCGUCUCCAUCCAAGCCUCCUUUUUAGUCGCCUUCAAACAGCUCGUCCCAGAACACACCGUAACAGUCUUCAAAGGAAUAAUCAAGAUGCGCGUAAAGCAUUUCCCCGCCCUCUUCCUCCUCCUCAACAGCAUCAGCGGCCUCGCCAUCGGAACAGACACCGCCGCAAUCCUCUCCUGGCUGGGAAUCCUCACCAGCUGGACCUACCUCCGCUUCUACAAGCGACAGCCCGACCUAACCGGCACCUCGAGCGGCACAGGCAUCAAAGGCGAUGCCAGCGAGACCUUCGCUUUCGCCUGUCUAUUCCCAGACGUGAUGCAGCCGCCUAUCGCAUUCAUCGCGGACCAGAUCUACGCUCUGCUGGUCGCAGCUAAGCUCCUGACGCCGUUCUCACAGGACGAUAUCGCCUCCGGUAACGAACUGGUGCUGGCGAGAGGCGAGGCGGGCUUGCCAACGCUGUUGAAUAACCAUCGUGGUGGAGCCAGGGGAGCGGGUAAGCGCGAGGAGGCGGAGCGUAGACGGGCGGUCGCGCUCAAGGCUUUGGAUCGCAGGUUGCAGUCUGCUACUGUUGGGCGUGUGCAGCCUCACGCGCCUGGUUUGGGAGAGCCUAGCUCGUCGAUGCCGCGUCCUGCUGCGCCGACCUCGGCUCCGCCUGUUGGUCAGAGUAUGCUAGGGGAAACGAGUUACAAUCCUGAUCAUGCUUGAGUGUAGUCGGGUGCUUCUUUUUCUAACUGGCGUUUGUGACGCACCUUGGAUUUGGCCCUUUGGACAUAUUCGCAUUCGUGGCAUGGCUGGUUUGUGGCUUGGUUUUUUUAUACCGAUAGUGUGUGCACUUCUGAUGAUGUACAUGAUUUGUUCGAUCUCGUCUUGGGUUUUUGAUUUCCCGCUCUAGUUAUUAGGCUGAUAUCUUAGCGCCUGUGUGAUUGCAGCGGCUUUUUGGUGAAUUCGAUUUGUUUUAUA